AUGCUGGUGGAUGAUUCAAUGAAGAUUCCAGUCGUCCGCCAGAAAGGACUUACCUACUGUGUUACACGUCCACCCUCAAGUGCAUUGAUGAGGUCCGAAGAACCAGUGGAGGGGGAUGCAGCCAACGAGGCCAUUGAUGUUGAUGCAGACAGGGGCCUCUCAGAUGGCAUGACAGGCAUCCCCCCUGAGUUGAUGGUUGACAGCGAGAGCGAUGGUUUGGGAGUUGGCGAGUGGGAAGACAAAGGAGAAGAUGGCGAAGACUUCAUGAUGGAACAGAACCAAACUGAUGAUGAAGAAGCUGUGCCGCCUUCUGUAAAAGGCAAACAGGUCGCAAAGGCCAAAAAGAACAAGUGUUUGAAAGUUAGGUUAGUUAACCAGAAAAUAACCGGACCUAACUGCAACACUAACCUAACUGCGGUUAGGCGUUCUUGGGCUCGUUUUAAAGCUAGAAUAUGCAGAAAUAAUAUCUAUCAAGAUACAUAUGAGCAUAUUUGCCUUGUUAUAACUGAUUCUUUAUUUUCGGUCCUAACCGACAUUCAGGAACUCCGCCAGAAUCCAGCCAUUGCUGGCACUGUCGUAUCAACAAACAAAUGCAAGGAUGUUGCAACGGUUGAGGACGCACCAAGCGCGAAGCGAGGAAAGAAAACGGUUGGCGGCUUACUCCCUGGCUGGCAGAAGCAGGAGGAGACCUCGGAGGGCCUGGCUGCUGUGCGAGCAUCAAAACCGUCAAUGGUCAAGGUUCGAGAGGGACAGAAGGGGGUUGAACCAAAAAUCAAGAUUACUGAGAAGUCUGUCACCAACGUCAACGCCAGUGGACCCAGAGGUCGCGGCAAGCAUGGCAAGUUCACCACCAGCUCACUUCCAUUCCCUGGUGGUGCCUUGGGUGCAGCAUAUGUCGCAAAGUGGAAGAAGGUUGCGCACGCAACAAUUAUUGACAGGGGAGCUGUGGAGCUUUGCGCUUACAGUUCUAUUGGCGCAUUUACGCCGCUUGUCAUCCAGGACAUAUGGAACGAGGUCUUCCCAGACCUCGAUAUCAACAUCGGAACCAGCGCACUACAAAUCCUCUCAAACUUCUUCUGGGAGCAGUCCCUCACUCAAGAUGAAAUUAUCACUUAUUGCAAAACUGAGCGGCUCAACUUCAAGUUCAUAUACCGAGAUCCCAUGGCCCCUCCGGGCAAGAAAGGCGGACUACAGUCCGACCUCAUUCUUCAAGUCUUUACCUGCCACUUCAAGAAAACGGCCUUCGCCGCAAAAUCUUAUGGUCUUCCAGUCAGAGGAUUGGGAAUGUCCACGGCCGCGCUUGAACGUGCCCUCUCCCUCUGGUCCUCUGGUGUGGAUCCCAUCAAGGAUGAAAAAGGCAAUAAAAAAACUGUAUCCAUGUUCGGCAAGACCACGCGACUCACGCCGGAAGACUGGGCAUUGAUUCUCACUGAGGCAAACACCCAGGCAGGGAUCUUUUCUGCUGACAAUGAUGAGGAGGAGGACGGUGUUGAUCCGCGAACUCUCAUUGAACUCUACCUCCCAAAUUCGACGCCGUUUGGCCAAGUCGCGAAGAAUUGUGGUCGUUUGGGUCUCAUUUGGCCGAUUUCCGGCUAA